AUGAGGCAGCAUGCUGGUGACAGCUUCUACGUUGUGACGGACGCUGACGGUGCAGACAACUACAAGGUGUGCCGCGCGCCGGCCAACAACCCAACGAAACCAAACUGGAUUGACGUGCUUCCAUCAAGCGAUGAGGUCAUCAUUGAGGAUGGCGAGAUGUUCCACAACCACCUCAUUCUCUUCCAGCGGUCAAAGCAGGGUGAUCCUUUCAUCAGAGUGCUGGCACUGGACACCAACACGACACAUGACAUUCAGCUACCAGAGGACGAGCGCGUGGGUGUCAUUACGUCUCUCGCCAACCCCAACUUUGACGAUACGCGUGUGCGGUUUUCCGUGAGCACGCCGCUGCAGCCGCGAAUCGAGUACACGUACGACCUCGCUAGCCGCCGGCUAUGGGAGGAGUACAGGGAACAGCUUGAUGCCACGACUGCGUUCGACCCGUCCCUUUUUGUGUGCGAGCGGCUGUGGGCGCCCAGCCGCGAAGACGCCAACGUCUUCAUCCCAAUGACCGUUGGUGAGGACCCGCUGUGA